AUAAAUUGGUAGAUCAUUAAUAAUGUAAUAAAGUAAAAAUAAUUUCUUGUCUUCAAAAGAUAAUUAACAAAAUUAACAACCACAGAAUUCCUAUAUUAAACAUUUGCUUUAAACGAUGAAAAAGUUGCUGUCGAAGAAGCAUCAAGAGUAUCCUAAGUAUAAAGAAGCUUGAAUAUUUUGAUCGAGAGUUUAGGGACAACCUAAUUCAAAAUAUGAAUUAUACUCAUGUUUAAUCAGUGAAUUAAAAAAGUUAGAAUAACCAAUAAGUGAUGAAGAGUUUUUAAGAGGGAAAAGCAUAGCCAUCCCUAUAAUUUAUUUGAAUUUAGAAAGAUAAGCAGAUAGAUUAGAAGAAUAAAUCAAAACUGUAAAUCAUUAAAAAAUAUUAGAGACAUUUUUAAUGGGAUUAAAUGCUAUAUCACUCUAUGAAAGCUUACUUGGAAACAUCACUAAAUAAUAGCUUUAAUAUUACAAAAAAAUCUUAUAUAGAAUUUAUAACCUUCUCUAGUGUACUAUAGUAAAAAUGUACAGGACAAACCAACUCUGCAACACAUUUAAAGAUAAAAGAAAAAUUGAAAUGUAAAAUUAUGUUUAUUAUCUAUAUUUUUAAUUUUAAACACAAAAGAUCUUUUUUAUUAAUUAAAUAAAAAAGAUUUUUAAAUAAAAGUUCACUACAUUUUUUAUUCUCCCAUAAGUCUUGUAACCAUUUUUUAUAUAAUCUAAAAAUCUAUUUGCUACUGUUGUUAAUUUUAAGAAUAUUACUGAGUACCAAAUUAUUUUUCUUAAUUAAAUAAUUAUGA